AUGGCCGCUGCGGACAGUGAUUGUCGGACGUUGACGCACUUCGCGAUGGAAUGCGUGAACGACCACGUCAAUUCAUGCACUGAUGUUGAAGUCCUUCGUUCCAACAUCACAAAUGACGAUGACGCUUCUCGAUGGGUCGAAGAGUACGGCUUGAAGACAAACACGUCGUGGGUUGUAGACUUCGCCCAGCCAACAGCAAAGUGUCAAAGGAUGGUAUUCCACAAAAUAUGGCGCUGUAAAGAAUGCAAGCACAACAAGUCAUCCGGCAUGCCUGCAGUGCACUGCCCUGCCAAGAUUGACCUCAAAAUAAAAAAGGUCAACAGGAACACAAAAAGGAAUGAUGCCUUUCUGCGUGGAGAGAAGCCACUGCCAGCUGUCAUAAAACUGUUUCACCACAGCAGCCACAGUCACAGCACAGCAGCUGCGGAGGCCCUUCGUCGUCUCGCACCAACGUCCCAAAAUAAACAAGCCUUUUUGGAAUAUUUCAACAACGGCAUGUCCCCAGCUGAAGCUAUCAGGCUUCAUGAAAGCAAGCUGGUGGUUCAAGGGAAUGGGUAUGCUCUCGUUGCCAACUCGGCAGUUAACCCAGUGCCUUCAGCCAUAUAUUACUGGCACAAGCUCUGGCGUGAAGAAAACUCCGGAAGAGACAUUGACCCACUCUUGAAAAUAGCAGAGAAGAUGCCGCUGUAUGCCAAAGAAGUACUGCUGACUGCCACAAAUGCUGGUGCGGUACCUGUUGCUGUGCUCAUCCACAACUCCCAGUCAGCAGAAUGCUACCGCACUGCAUUCACACUGCUAAAGGAAAACUACCCAACCUGCUUUGGAGGGCUCAGUUUUGGUGUGGACUGA